AUGGCCAGCCAGGACAGUCGGAGCGGAGCCAGAAGAAGCUCGAGGGUGUCUGGUGGCCGCGAAAUCAAGCUACCUCCCACCUACACCGUUGACGGGAGAACCUACACGGCAGGCCCCGAGAUGCGCCCUCGCAGCCAUACGAUAUCAGCGGAAGGGAGCAGAAUCUCACUGAAUUCACCUAGCUCUCCGGGCCGGCAACCUGUUGUGACCACUAUAAAGCCACGAUCUCAGACAAUCUAUCCCUCUUCAUCUCGAGACGGCGGUGAGCGGUAUAUAACCCCUUCAUCGUCUCAUUCUCGGAAUAGACAAUCUACUGGGCCACUGGGGGGAGAGCGUGAAGCGAAGUACAGAAAUGGGUAUCUUACUCCUGCCGGAAACUCUGGGUUUCCAAGUCCUGGUCGGGACGCAAAUAAUAAAGAUAUCGAUGUGCAUGACUCAUUCAGCUAUACCAAUGCUCGGGAACAAUUUUACAGGGACUCAGAUGCUAUCAGAGAAUUCCGUCGGCAGGCUCCUGCUGCUGUCCGAAAGGCAAGGCCCUUGAGUUUGACCGGCCUGGAAGCAUACCUUCCACAGAUCACUCGAGACCCAAAGCCUAGUGGGCCCCCAACGUCGUCUAGGCGAUUCCCAGGGUCUGAGAGAGACGAUGCGCCGCGCAACUAUAGAGAGAUAAAGCCGCGGGACGUGGAUACUGACAGUUCCAGUAUCAACCCAAGUGGUCCUCGAACUCCUGACAGCACUCGGCGGAAGAGUUCCCUUCGUAACCCAGUCUCACUACACCAGGACAGAACUUCAUCACCAUCUCCUGCUCCUGCUUCACGCCGUUCUGGCUAUGAUGACUCCAUGGAGAAAGGUUAUCAGAUACGGAGAGAUGCGAACAAUAACGUAAUUGUUGAUGAUAAACCUGAAACUCCUCGGCGCGACCGACGUCUAAGUGUUUCUGGCCAAACUCCGAACCGAGAUCGUGGAUAUUCUAGCAGUCGAGCUCCAGAUAGAAUGAUGAGUGGUGGCCUUGCAACUGCUGGCCUUGCCAGUGGAUAUUCUAAGGAACCCAUGGAGCUCUCUCCACGGCCUGGACGAGAUCGCCCCGACUACCCUAGCCGUCCCGAGGAUAAGUAUAAGUCAUCCUCCCGAAACUGGCCACAGGAAUCAAAUGAUGGCUACUACUCGGAUGGAGCUCGGGGAAAUCACAUGUACAAGCCAUCACCUUCUCGGGAGGCGGAAAGGCAUCCCAGGGCUCCAUCGCCUGUUGACUCGGACUCUAAGCGGUCGGUCAACUCCCAACGUAAUGAAAAUUUUGCUGGAGUAGCUACAAGAGAAUCGAACCCUCCUGCAAAGAGGUCACCUCCUCCAGCUUUUGGAACAAGCCCAGACACCCAAGCACCACGGGGAAUUCUAAAACAGCCCACUGAGAAAUUCCCUGAAGAGCCCCAUGCUGUCCGAGAAGGCGUGGCGCCUUUGAAAGAUACCCAAAAGAAGGGUGUACCCGCUGGCGCCCGCUGGACCAAAAUUGACAGAAGGCUAGUUAGCCCGUCUGCUCUUGAAGGGCGUGAAAGGUUUGAAGAACGGCCGGACUACGUUAUUGUGCUGCGUGUUCUGUCCAGGGAAGAGAUUGAGGAAUACGCACUUUCGUCUGCUAAGAUCCGAGCAUCUCGUACUCGACGAAUCACGGAUCGUAAAUCUAGAGACGAUGAUGAUAAUCGGACUCGCGUUCGUGAUACCGACAGCGAUGAAGAUGAUGACCGCAGCUCGUCCCAGCUGAGACUCGAACCACCACCACGGGACCCUCGACGAUAA